UCCGGACCUCGUAGAGGAAAGUGGUCCAGAUGAGUGAGUCAACAUCUCAAGAGGGUCUCACACCUACUCAGGAAAAUGGAACAGAAGACAAAGAAAGGAAACAGGAAACAACUGAAGGGAAAGAGUCUCCUGAGAGUUCACGGAGUGUAUCAGACAGUUCUACACUAGACACCAGCGAAAAUGUAGCAGAAGAAACGACAGAUGAAAUAAAAUCCCAAGAAUUAAAUAUGGAGGGGCAGCCAAAACUUUCAACUGGUUUAAUAAAGGACUCUAACGUUGGAAUCUCAAAGAAUAUUGUGGUUAGAAAACCUGCAAACGUGAUUUUCAAUUUAGAUCAAACUGCACUGAACUCAAAGCUCAAAGAACCAUGGAAGAAAAAUCUUUUUGAGAGAGUGGAGGCAAGAGCCCAGGCAAUGCAGCAGAAAAUAAUAGAUAAGGAUAACCUGAAGAAGGAACUAGAAAAAAAGGCUGAAAAAAAACUCCCCAGGGAUAAUCUGGCUGAGGAGUGGUUUAACACUGAAAACAUGACCCUGAGCACUCGUGCAUAUUUGCUUGACAAACUUUUACCCACCUUAGUUCCUGCGGUUGAAAACAUGUUAAUGCAAGUAGAAAAGAAGAAGCUUUUGGCAGAAGCUGAUAUUCCAACCAAGUUUGAUCCAAUUAAUCAUUUGGGGGAAUACUUAAUGAGAAACAAUCCUUAUUAUAUCAAAGACUUGGGAAUGUCUGGUUAUCAGAGGGUGAUGAGAGAUAUCACAGAAGACCUGAAGUUACAUGUUCCUGGCACCAUCUGCAACAGAGUAUCCAAGAUGAAGGAGAAUGUUAAACAGAAACGAGAACGAAGAGAACGCGUAAACGAAGUCAAAGUCAAGGUGGCGAGCACACGGAAAAAGGCUCUGCAGGAACAGUUCAGCGAAUGGAUCCUCGACCCCAAAGGAAUGAUUCCGAUGGCAGUGAUUCAGAAUGUUCUUCAUGAAUUUUUUCAAAAUCCAGAUUUACAGCUUGAAUCAUGUUGCAAACAAUUGGCUGUUGCUGACUCUAUGGAACCAAGAUUGAACGAGGUGGAAUUUAUAGAAUAUAUCUCUUCAUACAUUGCAGACUUUAAAAGUGAAAUGUUUGAGGAACUCCUUAAGCACCUUUGCCACUGUGCAGAUGAAUUCCGGGAGAUCAUAAAAACUAACAUGCAGAGGCAGAUGUUUGUUGAGCUCUUCCUGCAUUGUGACCAUGGAAAGGUAGGGUUUUUGGAUCGGCAGAGGACACUGGCCUUGCUGGAAAUGUUCUAUGACCAAACUUCAAAAAUGCUCAGAAGUUUUCUUCGAAACCCAAGGCAAUGGCCAUUCAUUGAGUUUGAAGAGAUAGACUUGCUUGAGUUCUGGGGAGACACGGAUAAUCAGAAACACAUUUAUGAAGACUUUGACAAAGUCCUUUUAGAGAUGAAUACAUUACUUUCUGAAAAACAUGCUAGCAAACCCCAAAGUAAAUUGUUAGACAAUUCAGAAGAUCAACGUAAACGUGAUAAACACAGAAAAUCAACACUACUACCAAGCUCACCAGAACAAGAGAGAGGGACAACUGCAAAACAAGAACCAAAUGGAAUUUCAACCAAAGAACAAAAACAAGACAGGGAGUCAACUGGAGAAAAAUCAGUAACAGAAGAAGGAAGCCACAGAGGAUCAACUCCAGAACAAGGAUCAAGUAGAGAGUUAAUAACAGAACAAAGACCACCACGAAGAGCAUCAACUGCAGAAGGACUUUACACAGAAUCAAUAGCAGCACAAAGACAACGCAGAGAGUCAGUAACAGAACAAGGACCACACAGAGGGUCACUUGCAGAACAAGGAACACGUAGAGAGUCAGUAACAGGACAAGGAGCACGCAGAGAUGCAGUAACAGAACAGCAACCACACAGAGGAUCAACUGUAGGAGGAACACGUAGAGAAUCAGUAGUAGAACAAGGACCACACAGAGGGUCAAUUGCAGAACAGGGAUCACGCAGAGACUCAGUAACAGAACAGGGACCACAUGGAGGGUCAGCUGCAGAACAGGCAUCAAUCAGGGAGUCAGUAACAGAACAAGGACCACGCAGAGAGUCAGUUGCAGAACAGGGAACACGUAGAGAUUCAGUAACAGAACAAGGACCACGCAGAAAGUCACUAAUAGAAGAACCACACGAAAGGUCAACUGCAGAACAAGAACCACCUGGAGAGACAAUUCCAGAAAAACAACAGAGAAUUUCAACUUCACAAUCAGGGAGAGGUAGUAUCUUAAGAGAAAGUAAAAAAUCUAGGGAGUACACUGAAAUCCCUCCGGAGGAAGAGAGGACUCAGGAGCAAGCAUAUGAAGAGGAAUUAUUCAUGUCUUCUGAAUUGCAAGAGCAAAUUCCAACAUCGAGUAGUAGAGAUCGUCUUUCAGAAGCUGCACAAAAAGAAGUUCGGAAAGACAAAGCCUGUGAACCGAAGUCCCAAAAAAUAGAAGGAAAGUUAUGGUCAGGUGAACUUUUGACUUGUAACUGGAAGAAGAAGUAUGCCAAAUGUGAAGAGGAGGAACAGGCAAACUUAAUCUAUGAUAACUCCAGGUUCACAGACCUACACUCAAUUAUCAGAAAUAGUCAGUCUUACAAGGAAGUAAAAGGUAGGAGUGCCUUCAAUGGAGUUUCCUUCGACCUGCUCCAGUUUGUACAACUCCUUGAGACAUUCGUUGGUGAAGAUACUCCCUUGAGUGUCAGUGAGACCCUCACCGCCUUUUUCAAGAGAGGCUAUGUUGAAACAAAAGAAGAGAAAAUGAGUAGCUUAGAACAGGCUAGACAAAAUGUUUCCCAAGUCCGACGGGGACUUCUCCUAGAAGCCCUCUUUCAGAGGUGGGACAGUGAUGCUUCAGGGUUCCUGGAUCUGAAGGAAGUUGAUGAACUCUUGUACACAUACAAGGAGGGAAUGGAAAAAGACUCUAUGAAAAAAGCUAAACUACACAUCCAAUUUCCAAAGCCACGACCUGGUCAUGAAGUGAGGUUAUCUUCAAAGCAGUUUCAGAAAUACAUAGAAUUGGUUGUAUCUGAACUCAGGGGCAAUGAAGAUCAUGUUCUGGAAAGCGUUGUGGAGUUUCUGAUGAAUGCUUUAGAAAGGAGUCAUACUGAGAGUCUGAGGAGUUGUGCUAGACAAAAGUGGCUGCACCAAAUCCAACAUGCUGCAGAGACAAGUGGGGUAUCCCUGGAGCCAGUGUACACUGAGACCUUUAAGGCCCUCAGCCAGGAUGCUGAAGCCCAUGGAUGUAAGAAGAUCAGUGCGCACAUUUCCCUGUUAGAAGAAAAUCUCCUACUGCCUGAUAGAGGGAAUGUUCUGCUGAGGAAUGUAGCUUCUACUUUAGACGAUGCUCCAUUUGUACUGAACAGAGUACUCUACAGGGACAUGACGGGAAUCAGCUUUACAGUAGUGGAUGAAGGGAAGCCAAUACACGUUCCCCAAGUUCAGCACCAUGGGAACGUCUUCUUCUGGAACCAUUCCCGCAAGAAGAAUGAUCAAAAUGGAUCAUUCCUGGCUCUGCCUCUUCAGGAUGCAUAUAUGAGGAUCUUUGGGGUCAUGGCUGUUGACACCCUAAGAGAUCCCCAGAAAAUAAACAUCUUCCUACCUCAUGAAAUCAGAUUCUAUCAGGGUGUUGCCAAUGCCUUUAGUGCUGCCUAUCACUACGUCCACAGCCGGGAGCACAUCCUGCAUGUUGUGAUCACUGGCAUCGGCUGGCUCUAUGACGUCACACCUAGCAUCUCUGCCAUCACUACGUACUUCAUUGAGCCUAGCCCAGAGCAGGAUUCAGACUACGUUUUACGCAAUAUGAUGGUUACAGGGCCCCUAGGCCUAACAGAAAUCCACAGGAAUCCUCCUAUCAUCUUCAGGAAGACAUGUAUCUUUAGAGAUUUCCUCUUUAAGUGUACAGACAGUUCAGAAGUUGUUUUGGCCUCUGUCUGUGGAGAAAACCACCUAGCAAUUCCACUUCGCGAGAGAACAGGAGAGGCUUUGGGAGUUCUCGAUUUUAACAUUGGCAAGAGUAGGAUGUUGUUGUACCGAGAAUUUAAAGAUCUUCAGAAAAUGAUAAAGGUGAUCCAAGCUGCCUGCUAUCAAAUACUCGGCGAAUUAUCUGGAGAAAUAAAGAAAAACUACAUCUUAGAGAUUGAACAGGCAGGAGAAGUCCAGCGAGCAGGAGUUCUCUUCUUCCGAAUCAUGCUGAAGGAGCUGCAAGAAAGCCUCCAACUGCUUACCUCCAUGGACUUUGUAUCUCUCUUGCUCUAUGAUUAUAAUCCUCCAAGAGAGUCGAAAUCUCCACCGGACAGCAAAUCCCAGGAAUUAGAAGCCAAUGCAAAAUUAGUACAUGACAUCCUAAUAGCGGUUAUCUUAUUCUUUCAUCCAGAGUUGGAAUCAUCAGGUGACUUAGAAAAUUGGGAUAAGUGUAAACUGUAUGUUAACAGAUACUUAGUGGAGAAUGUCUGUGCCUUUGAUCCAACUGCUAAGCAUGUGAAAGUUAAUUUACAGCUCAUUGAUGAAUAUAUCAGAGAUCAUUCUCGAAUCGAAGUAUGGAACUUUGGUAACAUCGCCAUCGAAUGCUUAUACCACUGGGCACGCAUCUGUUUGGCUCUCAUAGAGCUAAACAAAAACCGAAAUAGUGCUAUUGCACCUCCAUUGCCCUCCAAGACUGACUCCUAUGUGUACGUGAAAAUGCCAGGGGCAAGCUCGCCAGAGAAAUGCUAACUAAUUGGUACUGUAUUUAGGAUAUUUUUGUCAUGUUCAGUUUUGUUUGUUAACUGUAAAAUAUUUUCAAUUGGAAAGGAGUGCUACAUAGACAUAGUCUGCUCCUAGACAUUUACCUCAGCACUUUGUAAAACCCAAAGUACUACCUUAGGAGAAAUUUGAUCUAAAAAAUAUCCAGUUAAGGUAGCCAUAACCAAAUGUAUGCUAUAGAAUAUAUUUAACAGUUUACUUUUAGGUUUAGCUUUAUAUCUGCCAUGGAACUAUUAUGGUUGAUUGGGUAGUGUUAUUUUAAUUCUUUUAAGGUACAAUGUAAAGAAAAGACAGACUUAGAAAA